AUGUCAUCGAAAGAUAUCAGAACCAUUCUACAAAAUGGAGGAACAAUACUUAAUGCAGAGGGAUUCAUGUGGGAGUUUGGUCGACGGGGUUAUCUUAAAUAUGGUGCAUAUACACCGGAAGUUGUUCUCGAACAUCCAAAUCUUGUAGAGAGUAUGUACAGGGAAUUUGUUCAUGCAGGAUCGGAUGUAGUGCAAGCAUUCACUUAUUUUGGACAUCGGGAAAAGUUAAAGAGUGUUGGUAGAGAGGAAGAUCUAGAAAAAUUGAACAGAACUGCCUUACGACUUGCGAGAAAAGUCGCAGAUGACACAGACAAAAUUAUGGCAGCCGGAAUAUGUAAUACUGGAAUUUGGGAUCCCGAUAACGAAGCUACAAAAAUACUAGCAAGAAAAAUGUUCAAGGAACAGGUAGAGUGGGCGGUAGAAGAAAAAGCCGAUUAUAUAAUUGGUGAAACCUACAAUGAUUCGGGGGAAGCCAUGGCAGCUCUAGAGACAAUAAAGGAAUAUGGGAAAGGUUUACCUGCGGUAAUAACGAUGGCUGCUUAUUUCCCGGACAUAACGGUAAAUGAUAUACCAUUCCCACAAGCUCUGAGACAACUUGAAGAAGCAGGUGCUGCUGUUGUAGGGCUGAACUGCGCAAGAGGUCCAAAAACCAUGUUACCUUUAAUCCAAGAGAUUAGAAAAGUCUGCAAGGGUCCAGUUGCGGCCAUACCUGUACCCUUUCGUUGCACAGACGAAUACCGUACGUUCCAGUCACUUAAAGAUCCAGAAACAGGUAAACAUCUUUACCCAAAUGAUUUAGAAAGCAUUAGAUGCAAUUCGGCAGACAUACGGGAGUUUGCAGAAGAAUCCAAAAGAAUUGGUGUUCAGUAUAUUGGUCUGUGUUGUGGAAAUUGUUCAUCUUUAUUCCGAGAGCUGGCUGAAAGUUACAACCGAAAACCUCCAGCGUCUAAAUAUGCUCCUGAUUUAUCACAAAGUAGUGUAUUUGGGGAACCAUCUGGCAAGAAAUAUGGACGUGCUGACAAAAUUAGGGCUUUUAUGCUAAAUUUGAAAUAUUAAAUGAAAUCGUCAAUUAUGACGUCAUAACUUUGAGUAUGACAGUCGUAUAUCAGAUUUUAAAUUAUGCAGUGAAAUUAUGCUUCUUUAAGAUGAACGUUUAACUCUGUUUGUCUUGUUUUCACUUAUUAGAAUUGUGACAUGUGCAUUUUUAUCAAUGUAACAUUUUCGAAUAACUUUUGAAUUACAGUUUUGACUUAACUUCA